CACAGGAGUUGUACCGUUUGUGAUAUUUCGUGCGGUGCCCGUUUCAAACUUUAUCACUCCUUAUUAGCUAAACCGUAAAAAAAAUUUUUUUCUAGAAAAUUUAGAAAUUUUAAUAUAUUUAGAAUAAGUAUUCUAGUGUGCUCGAAACAAUUUUUAUCAUCAAACGGUAUCCUAUGAAGUUUUAGUAGUGCAUUUCUUCAAGAAAACGUAAAAAAGUGCAACGAAUUUUUUUUAUUCUCCACGUGUGAAACACAACAGCGAGAGUUAACAAAGAAGUGAAUUUGUGGCAUAGUCCUUCAAAUAAAAGAGACAAGAAGUUACCACGACGAAGCUAACACAUGCACACAAAUCCACGUAUCCGGCUGUGAAAAGGCGACGCUGCAUAUAUGUAUACAAACAUAUUUAAAUAACACAACUCAAGAGAGACUACAAAACACAAGAGAGGCAAACAGAGACAGCAGCGCACGCUAUUAAGGCUAAUAACUCUAAACAAAUUAAGACUGGUUCUUGUUAAAGCGUAAACAACUGCAAACAACAACAAAAUGGUUAAUAUAGCGGACAGCGGCGGCAAACAUGCUCCACAAGAGAUGGAACAAUUCCUGCCUGGCGAUGGCACCAACAAUAAAUAUAAAAUCCAGCCACGGAAAGAUGUCGAACAGGCGCUGGCGUCACCCGAUUUCGAUCCGUUCGCCGAACGCAAAGUGGCACAUCCAACCACUGAUAAUGAGACACUCACGCAUUUGCUGAAGGCCUCACUGGGCACUGGCAUUCUCUCCAUGCCGAUCGCCUUCAUGUACUCUGGCAUUGUGCUUGGCAUCUUCGCCACCAUCUUCACAGCUUUCAUCUGUACACACUGCAGUUAUGUGCUGGUGAAAUGCGCCCACAAACUCUACUACAAGUCGCGACGCACGGAGAUGAGCUUCGCCGAAGUUGCUGAAGUCGCAUUUUUGAAUGGGCCAAAAUGGGCACGUGGUUUUGCGCCAGUUGCCAAAUUUUCCAUACUAUUCGGACUGUUUUUGACCUACUUCGGCACCUGUUCGGUGUAUACCGUUAUUGUGGCGAAAAAUUUCGAACAGAACCGUGCUCGUCACUGCCGCCGUUGUAUUGGCCGUUUCCGUGCCCACUAUUGCGCCGUUUAUGGGUCUCAUUGGUGCUUUCUGCUUCUCCAUACUUGGUCUCAUAUUCCCCGUUUUUAUCGAGCUCAUCACGCAUUGGGACACCGGUUUCGGUGCCUACAACUGGAUCCUAUGGAAGAAUGUCAUCAUUGGUUUCUGCGGUGUGGCCGCACUCAUUUUCGGCUCCAUGAGCGCUAUCCAAGACAUUAUCAAAGUGUACGCGAGCGAUCCCAAUGCUAGUGUUGAUAUACAAGAGGCCCUCAACAACAUUACAACAACCAGGCUUUAAGCUGCAGUAUACAUGUUAUCAGCAAUCUCCGGCUGUGUGGAGAGUUUUUUUUUGCAUGUAUUAGUACCACAAAUCACUACGUCACCGCUAUA